UAAAAACCCUAACCCUAACUUCGCUUAUGGGGUUUUGCUAUUCAUUUCUUUUCUGUAACAGAGCAGUUUAGAGCUUCGGUUUCUCUCCCAGCAUUUUCCACGAUGGUGAACGUUCCUAAGACAAAGAAGACCUACUGUAAGAAUAAGGAGUGCAAGAAGCACACCUUGCACAAAGUCACCCAAUACAAAAAGGGGAAGGACAGUCUUGCUGCUCAAGGAAAGCGUCGUUAUGAUCGCAAACAAUCAGGUUAUGGUGGACAGACAAAGCCAGUUUUCCACAAGAAGGCAAAGACUACUAAGAAGAUUGUGCUGAGGCUACAGUGCCAGGCUUGCAAGCAUGUGUCACAACACCCAAUCAAGAGAUGCAAGCACUUUGAGAUUGGAGGGGACAAGAAAGGCAAGGGGACAUCUUUAUUCUAAAUGAAUCAUUUUUGUCACUAUAUUAUUGUUUCGCACUUGUUGGAACUGAAGCAAGCAUUGAUUUUUGCUGUUUUCAUUGCAUUGUUGCUAAUUUGGUAAUCUCAUUCCUAAUGGUGUCUCCUAAUCAA